AUGGCACCCAAGGCAGCUGCCGGAAAGAAACCAGUAGCGGAAAAGGCUCCAGCUGAGAAGGCACCAGCGGAGAAGAAGCCCAAGGCUAUGAAGAAACUCCCAAAAGACGCAUCGGCUGCCGGAGCAGAUAAGAAGAAGAAGAGACACAAGAAAUCAGUCGAGACCUACAAGAUCUACAUCUUUAAGGUUUUGAAGCAGGUUCACCCUGACAUUGGUAUCUCUAGUAAGGCAAUGGGCAUCAUGAACUCCUUCAUCAACGACAUUUUCGAGAAGCUCGCUCAGGAGGCAUCUAAGCUUGCAAGGUACAACAAGAAGAACACUCUGUCUUCGAGGGAGAUUCAAACUGCAGUCAGACUUGUACUUCCCGGGGAGUUGGCUAAGCAUGCUGUGUCUGAAGGUACCAAGGCUGUGACAAAGUUCACUAGCGGUUAG